UUUUGAGGAAACUAUUUUCUUCUUUCUUGGUCGUCUUCCCCGCUUCGCCUUCACUGAUAUCUUACGAAAUUAGAACUCACUCUCCUUCCCUCUCCGACGUCUCCGUAGUCGACAUAAUUGCAUGGCUUCCAUGGCGGAGGAUCAAAGCCAUAGAUUCUUCGUUGCCGUGCACGUAGGCGCUGGAUAUCAUGCCCCUUCCAACGAGAAAGCCCUUAGGUCCGCCAUGAAACGCGCUUGCCUCGCCGCUUCUACUGUUCUUCACAAGGGCUCUGGCAGAUGCUUAGAUGCUGUUUUGGCAGCAAUUCAAGUGUUAGAGGAUGAUCCUAUUACCAAUGCGGGUCGAGGCUCCAAUUUGACCGAAGAUGGUUGUGUAGAAUGUGAUGCCAGUAUUAUGGAUGGUGAUUCUGGAGCGUUUGGAGCUGUAGGGGCAGUGUCAGGUGUACGAAAUGCCAUCCAGAUUGCUGCUUUACUGGCCAAGGAUCAAAUUAUGGGAUCUUCUUUGUUGGGUCGAAUACCUCCCAUCUUCUUGGUUGGUGAAGGAGCUCGAACAUGGGCAAAAUCCAAGGGCAUUGCUUUUCCAGCAACUAUAGCUGAGGCUAAUGAGUGGUUAAUUACAGAAAGAGCAAAAGCACAAUGGAAAAAAUACAAAGCAAUGGUUGAUGAAGCCAAAUCUAAGGCAGAAACUUCUAAUAUAGGACUUUCUUGCAGUCCAGAAGAGACUGCUGCUCCAAUAUUGGAAGCUCAACUAUGUGAUCCUUCAAGAGGGAAUGGGGAUGGUAAAUUAACUAUACCUAGUGCCUUGGAAGAGGAUUGCAUCAUGGACACUGUUGGAGUUAUUUGUGUUGAUGCUGAAGGGCACAUAGCAUCUGGGGCCUCAAGUGGUGGUAUUGCAUUGAAGGUUGGUGGGCGCGUGGGACUAGCGGCAAUGUAUGGUUCUGGUUGUUGGGCAUCCUCAAAGGGCCCCUUUGGGGCUCCAUUUUUAGCUGGAUGUUGUGCUACAGGUGCAGGAGAAUACCUGAUGAGAGGUUUUGCAGCUCGGGAGUGCUGUGUCUCAUCAUCAAUUUCACAGGUUGGUCCUGCAUCUGCCUGCACUAAAGUUUUACGGUCUGUUAUUCAAGAAAGUAAUGGUACUGAUAGAAGUGCGGGGAUUCUACUUGUGCAAGCUGAUGCUCCAAUAAUGGUUCCAGGAAAUUCGGCAAAGCUCAGAGCUAUAGAGAUUGCAGCUGCUUACUCCUCCUUAUCUUUUGGAGUAGGAUAUUUUGGAAACUCUAUGGAUCGGCCCAAGGUUUCGAUUCUUAGGAGUAAAAACCAGCGAAGCAAGACCGGGAUAGACCAUUUUGAAGCACGUAUUGAUCUUGCGGGGUGAAAAGGUGCAGUGAUUGCCAUCCUGUUUCUAGAUUCUGUUAUUUUUCUUUUGGGUCACUGCAGAACAGAGCUACUUCAUUCAUGUUUGGAAAUGAAACUUCAGAGUACCAAUGAUGCAGCCACUGUUUGAGGGAGUGGUAUUUCCAAAGAUCCCUCAUUGCUGGGUUGUUGCUUCACAUUUCGCUGCAUUCAGUUACUGAAAGAGCUUGCUGCUUUGUAUUACUAUACCUCCAAUCGCUGAAGCACAACCUGUGUACAUUGGUGACCACUUGAGAAUUGAAAUCAUGUACUGGUUUGCAUUUAUUAACUCUUUUUGUGAGCAUUUGCAGUUGACUUGACCAAGCAUUAGAUUGAGAAAAUUUCGAAGAGAUGUUUUUAUUGGGAUUUGACAAAGGUACGGGGCUCAUUGAAAAUAUGUUUGGGAAAAA